AUGGCAGAAACAACUGCAACUAAAACUACACCUAAUACGGCAAAUUUCACAGCUAUAACCAAUACUCAUUCUAAAUUUAACACCAGUACUUCUAAUAAUUCUAUUAGGUCUAAUAAGUCGUCUAAUUCAAACAAUAAUAUGGAUUAUAAACACCUUUAUAAACAGCCAUCUAGUGAAGACCUUUUUUAUGAAAAGGAUUAUAACGAAGAAGAAUUUAUGCAUUUUGACGAUAAUGAAGAAAAUAAUAGCAAUUCCCCAACUGCUUCAUCACUCGAUUUAAACAGAUCAACUACCUCCUAUCAUAUCAAAAAAGCAGAAGAUGCUUUAGCUAAAUUGAAAUUGGUGGUUGAUCAACCAGGAUGGCAAAAACUUUUAACACACAAGAGCGGGAUGGCGGUUUACGCGAAAAGUGAUAUGUCAAAAGAUGACAAAGUGCCUAUUUUCAGAGGUGAACACAUUAUCAAAGGAUUUACUCCACAAUCUAUUUUUGCUGUUAUUGGAACGAGAAAGUUGUGGGAUGAUUGGUACGAGGAAGGAAGUUUGGUAGCGAAUUUGAAUGAAACUACCAGUUUAACCUACAUGGUAAUUCAAGCAUUGGCCGGAUCAAAAACUAGAGAUUUAUCACUUGUGGAAAAGAUAGAGUGCGCAUAUGAAGGGAAAAUUUAUUUUGUAUCAACAUCGGUCAACACUCCAAAAAUACCCCACAUCGCAAACAGAAUACGUGCUCGUCUUCUUCUUAACGGUUGGAUUCUGGAACCAUUAUCAUACAAUCCUCCAGUCACAAAAGUUAAUUAUAUUCUUCAAACCAAUGUCAAAGGUUGGAUUCCAUCAGUUCUUGCUAAAAAAUAUUUGUCUCGACGUCCUUUGGUCAUCCAUACCAUUGAAACUUAUCUAAGAAAAAAUGGCCCCCCAACUAUGUUCAUCAAUGCCCCAAGUAGUAAUGUUGAGCCCUCACAAUCUCAUUCUCAUGCUCCAAGUAUGUCGUCAAACAUUAAUAACGAUUUACCUUCCAAUCAUGCCAAUAACAUUAUACCUGAAAUUCACUCAAAAUCAAUUCUCAUUACUUCAACCCCAGCUACUUCGACACCAAUUAUACCUCGAACACCAAUCGCAAAUCAAACUCCAAGUAUCACAUUUUCAAAAAGCAUAGAUGCUAAAAUUCCUGAAAAGAAUAAAAAUCCACAUCGUCAUUCCAAGACAUUACGUGCAGCAAUGAAGAGUUUCAAAUCACAAGCAAAGUCGUUGAGUGGAUGGGAACUCCAUUCGGAUAACAAUGGUUUAAAAAUAUACACUAAAAAUGCUGAUGGCAAACAUACACCAAUAAUGCGAGGUGGAUUAAGAAUCACUGGUGGAUUUACCGCGGAAGAUAUUUUGUCAAUUAUAUCUGAUAUAGAAAUGAGAAAGGUAUGGGACGAGAGAUUUGAAGACGGCGUUGUAGUGGAGAGAUUGAAUCAUUUUGAUAUUCUAGUCAAAACUACUAUGAAAGGCACAUUUCCAAUAAGAGAUUUAUCGUUGGUGUCAUCGACGGAACAUGAUUUUGAGACUGGAAUAAUUAGAUUUGUAUCAACAUCAGUCGUUGACCAAUUAAUUCCAGAAACAAGAAAACAUGUCAGAGCAAAUUUAAAAUUUGCAGGAUUUGAAUUGAUACCGAAAUUUGACGAUAAUGGAUUUACAAAAUAUGUGGAUAUAAAAUACAUUGUGGAUAUCGACAUUAAACUUGAAACAAUUCCCUACUCAAUCCUCAAACAAGUUUCCAUCCAGACACCAAUGGUACUUGCUAAGAUUGAUGAGUUGUUACAAAAAAGUGGAUUUCCACCGUAUAUUAGAGAAUCAACAUCACAAACUUCGAUGAAAUCAUGUUUGUUCAACACGAAAACAUUUGAUUGUGAAAUUGAGGUGGUGAAUACUUUUAGUAAUGCAGUGACCGAGUUAAAAACUUCCAGAAAGAUGUAUCCUAAUGGAUAUGAGUUGACUAUUCAACCUGUAACCGUAAAGGUUGAAUUAUUACCGAAUAAAGUUGAUGUGGCUCGUAUCACAUUUCCAUCUAAAAAUGAGGUCAAUAAGAAUUCAAGUGUAUUGAAAAUUAAAAUUAAAAAAAAUAUAUCUAAAAAAGAUCGGAAGCAGGAUUCUGUAAUUAUAUCAGAAUCUAUAAACCAAAAUAUUACAUCAACUUCAAUACAUUCAUCUUCAUCUCCAAGUUUCAAAACAUCAACAACGCUUUCAACACUGACUACAACAGCUACAGGUGAAGGAGGAGAAGAUGUGCGAAGAAUUAGCAUUAAUAAUAUUAAUAACUUAAAUGAUCAUUUUGCAUCAUUCACUGAAUCAUUAAGAUUUAAUUCACAACAAGUUGGAUUAAUGUUUGCUUCAAUGUUGUUGGCAUAUUAUGCUGGGAAACUUAGCGGAUGA